AUUGCGCAUAAAUGGCCGCCAUGUUGCUGCCGUCUGAAAGAUGUUCGCAACUGUGUGUGUUUACUAAUGAAUUUUAAGAACUUAAAUAGUUAAAUUACUGUGUUUGUGAAAUUGUGAGUGUACAAUGAUUUUAUAUUUCAUGUAUUAUUGUGAUUGAAAGGUCUAUCAAAUGUCUCUGAAGCCAAUAAACAGUGAAAUUUUCUUUAGAUAGUCAUUCGGUUCGGACGGCAUAAUGGCUGACAAUCUGAUUCAAAAGUCACAUAAAACUAGUGAGAAAAACAAGUAUAACAACGUUGUUCACCGUACGACGAGUGAAUCUCUUCGACUGAACGAGUCGGAGAAGGGGGUGACUCACCCGACAAGUCUGCAAGCCGCCCAUAACCCAAGGAAAAUAUCUUCAUUUCAGAUCACCAGUGUGACGGUCGGCUCUCGAGUGAGCACAGAUGCUGGCGAAGACUCGGCUGACGAUCUUGAUGAAUCUCACACCGACGACAUAUCGAGAGUGACUGACAUUGAGAAUGAAACGCCUAGUUAUUCCGAGGACACAUUCUCCAAAGAUGAUGUGUUUUACAACGCGUCGAGUGCAUCAUUAGGUUGCGCCCCCGUCAUCCCGACCAGCUCGCAGUACGGGCUCGCGAUCGUCGGCCAGGACAACGCUAACAACCAGAUAGGAGGAGCAGUGCCAAAUAGUAAUAAUACAGAAGUGUCUGACAUGCACGUCAGCGUUACAAACGCCGGAGCAGGCAGCAUCAUCAAUCUCAUAGGAAAUGCGAAACCCCAAGAAGGUAUGAAAGAAAUACAAGAACAUGUUAGGAAUGAACGGUUUAAAGUUGUGAAAAUAGAAAGCACUGAACCUUUCCGCCGGGGUCGAUGGAUGUGUAUGGACUACUUGGAUCAUACUACUCAGCAGAAUGCAGCUAUCACGUUAAACAACAACCUCGAUGUGACUGAAACUAAUGCCUUGCAGGCUCCUGACAGUGGUGUAGUGAUUAACGAUAGUCAACACGAUGAAAUGUCUAAUGAUCUGACUAACAAAGGGCCUAAGGAUAUGCAAGGUAAUGCUCCAACUGUGCAGCAACUAGAACAAACUCUUCAAAAACAAUUUCCAAUGGCUUCCCCUGGCCAGUCAUUGACUCAGCCUAUUAAUGCGGUACAGCAGCAGAUGCAGCCUGUUUCUCAGUCAGUAUCUGUGCAGUCUCCGCCCUUAGAAAUGCCACAACAAAUGCCAAAUCCAAACUUGCAAGCAAACCAGCAGCAGGUUGGACAGCAGCACCCCCAGAGUAUGACGCACAUCACUAUGCAGAAUGCAGCACAGAAUCACCCGCAACAGACACAACAACAGCAAGUCCAGCAGAUUCCUCAAAGUUUUCCUCAACACCAGCUACAGCAAGUCAUCGCCCAAUCUCAGGGUAUGGCAAUGCAACAAAUUCCAAUGCAUCAGCAGAUGCCGCAGCAAAUGCAACAGAUACCGAACCAGCAAAUGCAGCAGAUGAGCCAGCAUCUGCCUCAGGCCCAAAUGACGAACAUGCCACAGAUGCAGCAACAAAUGCCUCAAAUGCAGGCUAUGCCCAAUCAGGGUCAGAUCAACCAAGUGGCCUCUCAACAGCCUCAAAUGCAACAGAUGCAGAUGCAACAAAUACAAGGCCAGCCAAACCCUCAGAUACAUAUGCAGCAGACUCAGAUGCCCAACAUGGCCCAAACUCACCAUAUGCAAGGACAACAGGCCAUGGGAGCCCAGCAGGCUCAACUGCAGCAUUUGCCGAGCCAAGCUCAGAUACAGGCUAUGCAAAAUCAACAAUUGCCUAAUCACAUUCAACAGAUGCAGAUGCCUACUCAACUCACUGGCGCUAAUCAACAGAUGCCACAGAUGCAAACUCAAAUGCAUCAGUUGCCAUCACAGCCCCAGCAGUCAGUUGUGCCUGGCAUGCAUCCCCAGAUGCAACAACAAGGAAUGUCAGGUGUCCAACAGCAAUAUAAUCAAGCUGUCAGUCAGCAGUCUAAUGCUCAGAACAUGAUAACUGCCAGUAUGCCAUCGUCUCAGCAGCAGAUGGUUCAACCUCAACACACUGUUCCUCAAUACCACACACAGCAAUCACAGAUGAGCCAGCAAGGCCAAACUAUGCCCCAAGAGGUGCUCACUUCAAUUGUUACAUCACAGCAAGGUGCGACACUGCCUUCAAACCUACAGCCGAUGCCUUCUCAACCACAGGGCUCAACAUUGCCUGCGAAUCUCCAGAGCCUCACUGGUCAGCAGCAGCCAACUACAGUGCACACUAUUGCUCCUCAGCAAGGGAAUGUGCCGCAACAAAACAUACAAAUGAUGACCGCGGCUCCACAGAAUAUGCAGAUGACUCUAGACGGGAAUCAGCCUAGUAUGCAGAUACCCGCCUCAGAUCCUAUAUUCAUGCAGCCAACGAACGUCGGUCAGCAGAUGCCUGUCGCGCAGCACAUGGGGCAGCAGAACCUGCUCCCGCAGCAAGUGGGCGGGCAGGGCCAGAUGGGCGGCGUGCAGUACGUGCCCAACCAACCGGUGGCGCAAGUGCCCAUGGCGCACCAGAACAUUCCGAUGUCCAUGCAGCCUAGCAUGCCGGUCGGUAUGGGCGGCGGGGUCCACCCCAACGUGGUGCAGUCCCAGACCAGCAUGGGUCUGGGGUACGGGAACGUGGUGCCGGUGAUGUCGCAGAGUAGUGUGGCGCCCGUGGAGGCGACCGUGUCGGGGACCAACUCGCCGGUGGUGUCGAUGCCGGUGAGUUCGACCGCGUACGUGGCGAACGCGCCGCAGCCGGGCCAUGACAGUCAGGGCUUCGGCAGCCCCGUGAGUGCGGUGUCUCAUGCCAUCAGUGGCGCGGUGAUGAGCAGUGUGAAUGUGAAUGCGUGUGACAGUGGUGCUCCGGAUGUGUCCACCGACGCGCUGCAGGCUGGAGACACGGGAGACGGCAAGGAGGAGCCGCAGCCCGCUCCGCCGCCAGAGGAUGAAAGCAUCAACGGGCUGGCGCUGGCGCUGGGCGGCAGCGGCGCAGGCAGCCCUGCGACGGCGAACGACUCUCGGGACCAGACGACGACGUCAUCUCGCGCGCCCUCCCCGCCGCCAAACGAGAGGCAGCAACACUCCAGCGCAUCGGGCACAAGCGCGGUGGCCAUCGACAACAAGAUCGAGCAAGCUAUGGAUCUGGUUAAGAGCCACUUGAUGUUCGCGGUGCGUGAGGAAGUGGAAGUACUGAAGGAGCGCAUCGCGGAACUGAUGGAGAGGAUCAACCAGCUCGAAGUGGAGAACACAUACCUGCGCGCGCACGCCAGCCAGGACACGCUGGCGCAGCUGCCGGCGGCGGCGGGCACGAAGCCGCCGGCGGCGCCGCAGGGUCCCCAGCCGCCGGUGUCGUAGGCCGGCGGAGCGGCGCCGCUGAACACGCCCGCCGGCCCCCGCCGGCCCCGGAGGUCCCCGGCCUCGCCCUCGGCGCGCGACCCCGCCCGCGGCACCCCUCCCACGGAGUCACUAUGGCUGUGCUAUGUUAAUUCGUAGGUUAACAAGGAACGAGUGUAAGUACACCGGUCGAGCGCCGAGGGUCGCUGCGCGCACGCGUCGCGCUCUCCUCGUAUAUCACACAAGUGUCUAGUUAGCGGUGGAGCCCGCCGCACCACCAGACAUUAAGCUUCGGAUUCAUACAUAUUAUAUAUUUUUCUGUUAUUAAUAUUUAGGGUGCAGAAUUACGUGCUAACUGCCAUGCUUUUGCUACGCAUCUCAGCAACGAGUCUUUAGUGUUUUGAUGUACGUCGUGUAUAUUUUUAUUUGGUUUAACGUUAGGUAUCGCUAUCCACGUAAUGUAUUCCAUUUAAGAUAAAUGUAAGACGUGUGUUAAUAUAAUAAAAUGUAAUGAAAUAGUUGAAUAUUCCUAUGCAUUGAACAAGGACUGUGUGUUAAUUUAUUAUCUAUAUAUUUUUUUAAUGUAAUUUAAGUUAUUUAUCACGUUUCUCUGUAUGUAUACAAGGUUGCAUUAAAUUGCAAGUGUUCCUGUAGGGCCGAUAAUAAUGAUCUGUCGAUAGCUAUGUACUGAAUGACUUGUGUGCAGUUUUCAAUUAGUUACUGUUAAUUACAUAUUUACGGUUAAAUAUAAAUGUUUGAAUGUAUGUUAUCCGCAGUCGUAAUAUGUAACGUUAUACUGAGCAGUCGUAUAGAAUUAGAAUCGUUGCGAGAAUGUGACCUCGUGCGAUGCUGGCUUUAGUGAAUUUUGCACGCUGAAACUGAAAAAAUAUACUAUUUUUAUUCCAACCCUAUGAUAAUGGAGGUAUAUAGUAAUUUAACAUUGUAUUUUUUUAAUAAUUAAAAAUUGUUUGUAUAUAGUACAAGUUGUAAUAGAAUUGUGAGUCGGAACGAUGUAUAUAACGAAAGAAUGUGAUUAAAGGAACCGAUUCCGUAGUCUGCCUUCAAAGGUUGGUAUCAGAUGUUAUCGCGAGAGGUAUAUCUAAACGUUAUAAUUUAAAAUAUUCGCUGUAUUUAAAUAGCUUGAUUGUUUAACAUUAAACAAGCGAACAAAGUGGCUGGUGACGAAUGGAUUGUAACUAUGUAUGGGAUGAGACGUGAAAGUCAGGCUCUAUGUUUGUUUAAAAGCCAAAGUUAGGAAGGCGUGUCCCAGCGACUGAAGUGUGACUAUUUUACCUAUAGAGUAGUAUUUUGUACAACGCUACUACAUAUGUAUGUGUAUAGACGAUUUUUGUUAGGUCUUCAUAAUUAUUGUGAAUAUACAGUAAUUUACUCCUAGAAGCAUUACUCUAGAUCUAGAUAUGGUAAUAUGAACUAUAUUAUAUACCGAAAAUUGUAAAUAUACUGUAAACAAAAGUCCAUUGUAGCUUAUGUUGACCAGAAAGGUUCCUCAUACCCAAUAAAUGCAAAACUACUCAAAA